AUGAAGACCUCUGCCUGCUGCACGUGGUUCUGCAUUUUCUUUCCACGCAAAAAGGCACGCAACAAAAGCUUGGAGGAACUCCGUAUCUUAAUCUUGCUAAGAACUGUACGUUCUAUGUACAUUUACAACAUGAUCAUUUUGUUCUCAUCGAAUGGCUUCUUCAGAAAACGAUUUGCAUUUGCUAUUGCUUCUGUUACAGAAGGUCGGGCGGCAAGAGUGUCCAGUUCAACACGGUAUUAAUCGUAGCCUUUUCUUUGCAAAACCAUGAAAAUAACCUUCAGAUUCCCAACCAGCAUUCGAAAAGUCUCAAGCCCCUCCGGAGGACCUCAUCCGCGGCAUGUUGGAACAGGCCGAGCACCGCAAGAGCAUGGGCCAGCACAGAUGCAUUGCAGACAGGAACGCCCUGGUCCACUUCACCGCAGCAAACACCGUAUGAAAUGAUUUCAGUCCUUCUGUCCUUCUGUUUCUUGGUUUAAGUGUAUAGAGGAUGGUAGUUGUGGUUGCAGUAGCGCUACGUACGUAUGAUAGAUAAAAAGCAGAAAUACGUCAACAUCAAUUUUCUACCCCUGCAGGUUCCCAUCGGCGCACGGGAGAUAAAACGGCAGCCACCUUCACCACCAAGAUCAGCAUCUUUUAAACAUCUCGACAGAUGAUAAGAAAUUAUAGUCUGCAAAACGAACAGGAGUUGAAAAAGUUUCCAAAAAGUUAAGAUUAUAAUGCGAGAGAAAU